AAAAAAAACAAAAAUAUGCAUAAAAAUGUUAAAAAUCUAAAUAAAUAUUUUAACUACAGCAGCAAACACACAUAUAUUUGUAUAAAAAAAUAACAAUGACAUUUGAAUAUUUUAACAACUUUUUUAAUACGACAGCAAGUGCAACAAAGAACAUACAAACAACAUGUCCAACAACAGCAAAUAUUUGCAAUAGCAAUAAUAAUAAUAGUAGUAGUAGUAAAAAUAGUAGUAGUAGUCAAAAAAGUGCUACUUUUAACAGUAGUAGUAAAAAUUCAGCAGCUAAAACAACAAAUACCAGCACACGUCUCUAUCCAACAGCAUUAAGAAGAAAAAUACGUAAAACUUCCAGACGGAAGAGGAAACGUAGACGUAGCGGAUGUUUACACAACAAGAAUAGCAGCAAAUUUGUAAAUAUGGUGGACAAUAUAACAGCAUCAGCAGUAGUAGCAAGAACCAACAAAAUAACUACAAGUUAUAAAUGUAAACUAAGUGUAAAUAAUAAAAGGACAACAACAAAAGGCAAAUUGCAGUCGUACAUUAAUAAACAUAAUAAAAAUAACAAAUACAAUAACAAGCCAAGAUAUUUUAUUAGUAAAUGUUGUUUACAUAUUUGGAAAAGUAUACGUAGUAACUGUCACAUAACUAAAAGUAGUGGCAGUUGUUGUAGUAGUAACAGUUGGAGGUUUAGUAGAUGUAGCAGAAAUUGUUACAAUUGUAGUUGUAGCAGGAAAAAGAUAAGCUUAAUAGUAAAAAAUAUAGUGACACUGUUAUUAUCACAAACAACACAAAUAAAAACAACAGCUAAAUUAGCACAUGCAACAACAACAGCAGUAGCAUCAUCUAAUAGAAAAUAUGCCACAAAUAAUGUUUACAAAAGAAAAAAAGUUCAAUUACAUUUAAAACAGCAAAAAAAACUUCAACAAUGGCAGCUUAAAUAUUUAUACGCUCUAGGGAAAUGUGUUAUAAAAACAACAACAAGGCAAAAACAGAAACAAGAACAUGUACAAGCUACAGAACAAACCCAUAUAACAACAAAAUUACUACUAAACUCUAGUAAUACUACAACACGAACUGCACUUUCAACAUCAUCAUCAUCAUCAGAAGCAACAAAAAUAACUAGCACAACAUCAACAACAACAUCAUCAACAUCCCCUUCAUAUGUAAAAACUACUAGAAACACUUUUUCUACCCUACUACAACCAAAAUGCAAGAUUUUAAAAACAAACGCUAACAGCUCCUCGUUAACUCACUCUUAUUCCUGCUCGACGUCAUCAUCAGCAUCACCAUUCUCCACAUGGUAUCGUUUCACAUGCCCGGCUCCAGCUUUCAGAAUUUUCAAUGAAUUGUAUGGUGUGAUAUUUAUGACUCUACUGGUGCUUAGCAUAUGCCACAAUAACGUACUUGAAACUUCCGCCGCAUCAGUAUCAAGAAGAGAUGUGGUGGCAAGUUCGAUUGGAGAGGCAGAAACAGUAGCUGAUGUAGUAAAACAAGUAAUAAUGCCAAGUAGUGCGGAUGGUAGGUUAAAUGGGAGGCAGUACAAACGACAACACCCGCCAGAACAAAUAUCAGAACAACAACUACAACAGUUACCGCAAGCAUACAAUCAUCAUCAGCCACAGUCUUAUUUAAGUCGUGAAGUAGAACAAGAACCACUGGAGAAUGAAAUGGAGGAGGACAAGAGCAAUCAUAUUUUUCAACCUCAAAUUCAAACUGAAUCAUUGCCAGUUUACCAGCAACACGAAAGAGACCAACAACUACAACUAUACCACCAACAGCAAAGGCAGCAACAGCAGCAGCACUCAACAACUCAACCAACAUCCUUUAGUCAUGGAAUGGCACUUGAAACCACGUAUAAUCACACCUUUCAAAGUCUUUCAAUCAUUGAUGGCGACCUAACAGUAGCCGUUGAUACGAGUCAAAAUCUUAUGGCUGUUGAAGAGGAAAUGCUUGUAGCUGCGGCCGGCGGUGCGGUCGGUGUGGGCAGCAGUGCCUUUAGUCUAGGCAAUCAUCUUCAUCUGCAUAAUAGUAAUAAUGUUUUGGGAUCUUAUGACUCUACUGCCAUGGGGCUAGAUGGUAUCGAUGUGAUGACACAUAAUACCGAAACAAAUUCAAUGCCAAUCUUUGACUUUGGUAUGCCACGUAAUAUAACAGCUCGCACUGGUCACACAGAGGCGAUAAUUAAAUGUCGUGUCGAUAGGCUGGAUGAUAAAUCGGUUUCCUGGAUACGCAAACGUGAUCUGCAUAUAUUGACUGUUGGCACAGCCACUUACACGUCUGACAAACGAUUUCAGGUGACAGAAUCAAAAGAUUCCCGUGAAUGGACGCUGCAUGUAAAAUCUCCGCAAGCACGUGACAGCGGUAUAUAUGAGUGCCAGGUGAAUACCGAACCAAAAAUUUCGAUGGCAUUUCAACUUAAUGUUAUCGAAAUAUCACCAGAUGCCAAGGCUGUUAUAACAGGACCAGCUGAUUUACAUUUCAAAGUUGGUAGUGCCAUUAUACUUACAUGUAUUGUACACCAGCCAUCGGUUAAGGAUAUUGGUCCUAUCUAUUGGUAUCGUGGCGAAUAUAUGAUCACACCAUUCGAUAUAAAUGACAAUACACACGAAGAGCUAGCAUUUCCUAUGUCAGGUGUUACUACACCCACUGUGAUGGGGCAAAAUAAAGUUAAUGUUGUGGAACAAAAUCUUUUGCAGCAAAGGCAACAGCUUCAUGAUGGUAUUUAUGGUGGUGGAGGUGGGGGAGCGGCUGCUGUUGGCGUCACAGAUUCUGAACAAAUACCACAAAUCUUAACAAACGAAAUAGCACAAGAUUUUGCUCAACGCAUUGCCAUGGAAUCACAAUUGGGUGAUACCAUGAAAUCAAGACUACGCAUUUCGAAUGCCCAAACAUCGGAUACUGGUAACUACACCUGUCAACCUACCACAGCCAGCAGUGCCAGUGUUAUGGUUCAUGUGAUUAAUGAUGAAAAUCCAGCUGCCAUGCAAAAGAGUGGAGCGAGCAGUAUUCAUUACAAACACAGUAAAACAUUGUUCGUUUGUGCCACAAUUGUUGUUGCUGCAGCCUCUAUAUUAAAUAUAAUAUGUGGUCAUAAAAGGGCUGGGAGUGGUAGUGGAGUAUCAGAAAAAAUAGUUUGUGAUGAAGAUGGUUACUGCCGUUGCUGCUACUGGUUGUCAUCAACAACAUCGGUAAUAAGAAGAAAAUCGUGUAUUAUGUUUACUUGCCUAUGCUGUCAUGUGAUCUCAACAAAUAUGCUGGAAGGUAUAAUAGAUUUAAUACGACUACAACUGCUACGACUAGAAUUACAUAACAAUCUGCCACCUUGGAAUAUUCACAUACACAUUGCCACAUACAACAUACAACUUAUGCAAAGUGAUGUUUAUUAUCUUGUUGUCUACAGGGCUAAUGUUGUUUUUGUUGCUAUUGUUGUUGAUGAUGUCGUUGUUUGUAUAAAUUGCACGAGUAGUGCAAGUGAUAUAAUAACUUUUAGGGUUGUUGCUACAUGUACCAGUAGCAAAACUUUCAUGUCUAUUACUGGCACUGAUAGUGAUGGUGGUGAUGUGGCUGCUUCUGUUUCUGGUUGUUCAGUUGUCAGUGGUUAUUCUUUGAGACAUAUUAUUAAAGUUUCUAGAGGUUGCUGAGUUGCUGUAAACGACUUAAAGGCAGUUAAUGUGCCAACAAUGAAACGUGUCUUUACAUUAACAAAAGAAUAUCCAAUGAAUAUGAUACAAGUGUGUUUCAACCAUAGAUAUUUAUAAAGCAGAAAAAUAAAAAUACACAAAACCUACUACUUAGAAAACUUUUAUAUUUAUACAAAGACAUGAUAACAGGCAACACCAUCUUACUUAAGAAAAUGUUUAAGGCUUCUGUUGUUGUUAUUUUUCCAAAGAAUAUUUAGAUUUUAAUUUUAUUUUUGCUGCAAAUUGCUGUUACUGACAUCAUUAUCAUCAUGUUGAUAAUGAUGCAAUGAUAUUCAAAAACGGGGGUAUUGUUAUAUACGUUAUUGCAUUUAUUUUCCAUCAGAAACAGAAAUAUCACUAACAACAAAAUUAAAAAAAUCAACAACAGCAACACCAUUGUCAUUAUCAUUAACCAUCACCGUUGUCAUAAUCACGAACAGCUACAUACUGCAACAGAUUAUCAUAUUGCCUGUAGUUUUAAAUUUUUUGAAAAUGUUCCAUUCGAUUUUCAACAGGGUUCGGACAAGAAAAGGUAAAUACUUUGAAUUGUAAUUACUUACCUAACAACAUACUUUUGAAGGACCAAUACAUAUCGUCUGGAUUACAUAGAAGUAGUUUAAUUAUGUCUUACUAAUAAUGUGUUAUAUAAAUAUUUCUAAUUCAUUAGUCCUCUUGUCUGUGAACUUAUAAAAGCUGUUUUUUCAUGCGAUUUACAACGACUAAUUUUCUAAUUAUUUGUAAGCGUUUAUAGUAAGUGCUUGCCUUCAAUGAUUGUGCUGAGCUAUUGUGAUUUAUAAAUUGUUAAAGGUUUUCUAAUUUUUUUAAAAAGUAUAUAAUUAAGACGAAUUUAUAAAAGAUGUCUAUAACAAUAUGAAACAAAUUUGGGGUCACAGAAUAUCUCCUGAAUGAGGCCAAAGUACAACUUACACAAUCAAGAGAUCAAUUUCCCAAAAUGCUUUUAAAAAUUUAGGUUGUAUUGUUAAUUUUUACCCAGAUAUUUGCAGGAAAAUGUCUGAUUUUUAUGAAAUUCGAUAUGCUCAUUUCUUAUAUACAUAAAAGGUCUUAUUCUAAAACAAAAUUUCAAAUUUCAUAUAGAAAUUUUGUUCAUAAAAUAAAAUGUUGUAUAACUAUGAAUAAGGGGAAAAUUAAAAUUCUUCAAAAUUGAAAAAAAUCGACCAAAGGUGUCCCACUUUGCGGAGCUGUGGUUUCGCCUUUGGUGGGACCAUGAGGUCCAAAUUCAAAACCUACUCUCGUUAAUAGUGUGUAUUGUUAAAUUGACUGUCUAAGACAACAUCGAAACCCGAAUUUUGACUCGAACAAGUGCCUUCGCGACUGACAUUUAAACAAUAUCGUAUUCGAUUUUCUUUGAAUUUGAAAUAAAAACUAACAAACAUGAGCACAAAAAAAUUAUAUAUAAAUUCAUUACUAUAGUUAUGUGAGAUCUAAUAUAACAUUAUUAAAGCAUAUGUGGUCAUAUGUAAAUAUAUUUCCUUUUUUUGUCAUUUGCAACAAUUUGAGUUGUUGCAUACAAAUCACUGUCAUAAUGUUGUGCAGCAUUUAAAUUGUAACUCAAGAAGAGAAUAACAAAAAAAAAAGAGGAUAUAAAUAUUUAUGCACAUAGUCAACUUAUUCACAUUUGAAUUCCUUUUGCGCUGAAAACAAAACAAAACAACCUGAAAAAGUAGAAUAAAACAUGAGAGCGCAACAGACGAGUAACCCAGCAAAAAUCAAAGUUUAUGUCUUUAUAAGUCGACUUUAUACUAAAUGCAUUACAUUGAAGUAGUCAAGUAAUAUGAUUUAUAUUUAAUCAUCUAGCUUUUACAAGGACCUUAAAGUGCUUAAAUAUACACACAGGCUCAUUGUUGGAGGGAUGUCCUAUUACAAAACCUAUCUGUCAUCACUACAUCACGGUCUGAUCCCUCUGCUGUAAUCAAUUUUCUAAAGAUAUUUUGCAUCUAUACAUAUAUACAUCAAAUCCGAAGAAAUACACUUAGGCCUCUAUCGGGCCUGUUGUGAGAUCCUAAACCAGUGCCUCUGGUGAGAAUCGAACCCACCACCUCCGGUCUACUAGACUAGAACACUAACCACUAACCUACCGGAGGCCAAAUCUUACUUAUGUUUUAUUUCAAGUCAAAAGUUGUACAUAAACGAAACCUGUACGUAUACGUGUUAAUGAGUUAUUGAUCUCACAAAUAUUAAGUAUACGCCUAGUUAUGGGAAGGAUUUAACAUAUUUUUUAGCACGUAAAAUAUCGAAUUUUUUAAGUUUUUUGCGAUUUGUUGACUAUAUGUAUUUUUAUGGAAAUACUUCGUUUUAUAUCUGCUGGGUAGAAAAUAGUAUUUGUGGGCGAAAAUCAUUAAUUAACGCUGAAUGAUAAUAAUAGUAAUAAUGACAAUGGUGUUGUGACUGGACUAAGAAAAACAGAAUGACAUGAUCGUUCCAUUUAUUUGUAGGCCAGCUAAGUAAUGUCUUAAAUAGUUUUCUAUACGUCUAUAUGAGCUAAAAUAUCAAUGUAUGAGUAGUAAAAUGUGGUAUUUAUCAAUGUAAGUUUUCACCUAUUUCAUUUUUUUUUUUUUCAAUUUCAAGAACCUUAACAUUUGUGUUGUCUAAAGUUGUCAUACAUACUUUCGUAAAAAAUGUUUAAAUUUAAAGUAAAUACAACAUAAUUUUUAAAUACAAAAUAUUUUUUUAUCUCUCAUUCUUCUAUCUUUACUUGUGUCGCCUUUCCUUUGUUAAAAAUAACAGCAAAUUUCCUUUUCUGCAUUGAAAAUUAUGCCAUUUCCUUUUUAAGUACAUUUUUUUCUCAUUUUCAACUUUUCACAAACAUUUUUUUGCUCUUGAAAGAGUUUUAAAAAUGUAUGUACAAAAAAACUUUUUUCUGGUAUAUUUGCUUUAAUCAUUUCUAAUACUAUAUAAAAAAGGUAUACAAUAAGAAAUUUGUAAAUAGAGUAAAUAUAAAAAGAAAAUAAAUAAAUUAUAUUUAAAUUAAAAAAAGAAUUAUUUUAUUUAAAUUAAAUGCUAAUAUAAAUCAUUUUAAAUGUCACACUCAAAAACAAAGAGCAAAAAGAAAUAUAUAUAUAAAACAAUUUACUACAGCAGAAACAUAAACGAAUAGGAAAAGUUUUUAAUUGUAAUUAUAUUUCAAAAUAAAUGUAAAAUCUAAUAUCCGGCUUUAAAAUACAAAUUUAUAUUUAUAUGAAAAAAAUAAAAAAUAAAAACCUAGAUAUUGGAAACAAUUUUGCUUUGCUGCAUAUGUUAAACAUAACAUAAAUAUAUACAUUAAAACUAUAUAUAAAUUAAAUAUAAAUUAUAUUUUAUGUGUAGAUAUAUCGAACAUAAACUAUAGACUAUUUUAUAAAAAUAAUA